AUGACAGGCACUGAAAAACUUAAACCGUUGGUUAUAGGAAAAGCUAAAAAGCCUCGUUGUUUUUCUGGUAUUCAAACUCUUCCAUUGGAGUAUGAUGCAAAUAAGAAAGCUUGGAUGACAGCCGAAAUAUUUAAAGGAUGGCUCAUUAAAGUCGAUAAGAAAAUGACGAAAGAGAAACGAAAAAUAUUGCUUUUCAUUGACAACUGUACUGCUCACAACAUAAUCCCGCCAUUGAAAGCAAUAAAAGUUAAAUUUCUUCCACCCAACACAACAUCUAAGUUACAGCCUUUAGAUCAAGGCAUAAUAAAGAACUUUAAAUCUUUUUACCGAAAGGAAGUGGUCAGAAAACUGAUAAUUGACAUGGAACAACACUCCGCUUCACCUUCUCGUAUUGACGUAUUGGAUGCAAUUAGGAUGGCAGACAAAGCUUGGAGAAGUGUGUCUGCGACAACAAUAUCGAACUGUUUCAGAAGUUGUGGAUUUUCGAUGACACAAGAAGAACCUUCAGAAGAACCUCUUGAGCCAGAAUCGAGCUUAGAAGUUGACUGGAAUAGACUUCAGAACAUAGAAGGUCAAUUUGAAGAUUAUGUGGAAUGCGAUGAAGGGCUAGCUACUACUGGUACAUUAACUGAUGCUGAAAUCAUUGAUUUCGUUAAUCAGAAUGGAGACGCCGAUAACGAUAAUCAAAAUGACGAUGAUCAAACUGAUCCAGCAGAUUUAAAACCAUCGGUGUCAAAUAAAGAAGCAAGAGCAGCAAUUGAUACACUACGAACUUACAUUGAAAGAUGUAAUGAUAUCGAGGAUCAUAUAUUCGGUUCACUAUAUGAACUAGAAAAAAUAAUUGAUAAAAAAUCUGUAAAUGGCUUGAAUCAAACGAAGAUAACAGAUUUUUUAUCAAUUAUUUAA